AUGGCUUUUAAGACAGCAAUUUUGGUUAUAGUUCUAGCGGCGCUAUCGCCAAGCCUCUAUGACUUAGCACAGAAGUUAUUGUUGAUGUACAACAAUGCGCCGGAGCGGUUUUUGGAUAUAAAUAACCUCCAAUCGCCUGAGGUGAAAUUUUCGGACACUAUUAAAAGCUGCGAAGAUGUCCUACUUGUAGAAUCCAAAGGCCUCGCUAUUGUUGCUUGUGACCCUGGGCGGGAGGUCUGGAAUACAGUAAUGGGCGUCUUCAUUCCUGGGUCUAUACCCAAUGCCGAGAUAUAUGCCUACAACUAUGGCAAUGCCGGCACCUCCGACUCUGAGUCAUUGACUCGUUUUGAAAUCCUGGGAUACGAACCUGGUGCGGAUUUUCAUACGUUGGGUAUAGCGUAUGACGAAGAAACUUCUACUCUCUUUGUUACAAACCAUCGUAAAGAGGGUAGAACCAUUGAGUUGUUUAAGCUAGAUUUUGGUGCAUUCACGGCCAGGCAUUUCCGAACGAUUCAGCAUCCUCUUUUCCGUAGCCCGAACUCUAUAGCUCUCCUUAACAGCCACGAGUUUCUUGUUACGAACGACCACCACUUCCUCAUGGAACAUUCUCGCUUCCUUUCCACAGUGGAGACCCUCCUAGGUCUCCCUCUCGCUACUGUCUUACACGUCGACAUAUCACCCCUUUUAGAGGAUCCCGCUACGCCUGCCAAAGUCAAUGUCGUUGCUCGUCUCCCUUUCCCCAACGGUAUCGAGAUCGUAAAUGAAACUACUGUGGCCAUAGCCUCAACUACCAGCACGGCAGUAUAUUUUUACACUAUGACGAAACCGAAGUCAAUCAACGCGACUUCGCCUAUACUUACUUAUAAAUCGAAAGUCAAGUUCCCUUUUUGGGUUGACAACAUUCAAAUCUCGGAAAAUGGAACCCUAUUUGCUGCCGGUCAUCCCCAUCCCCCGACGCUAAGUAAGUAUGCCUUUUCCCGCCACGAUUGCGGCUCGCCCGAGAUACUGGCUGCCGCAGAUCCCUCACUCCAGGAGUACUGUAGAACGGCCCAGGCAUUUUCCGGGGUCUCUAAAUGGACUGAGUCGGGAGGUGUUGAGCAUAUUUACUUCAGCGACGAGUAUCCUACUAGUUCUACAGCGGUGUUCGACUCCAAGAAGAAAGUCGGAAUAAUCACAGGUUUAUAUGCUAAUGGGAUACUCGUCUGGAGGGAAUGA